UACUGGUUGAGUUUGAAGCCUGCUAAGCCACAAUAGGAACUCCUGUUUAUGACACUCUUAUCACUCACACACCCAGCCCUCACCACCUGCUUAGACCUCCCUGCCUGCCCAAACCUCCCUCUCCCUGGCUCCAUAGGGACACCAAGGACUGACUGUCCAGUUCACCUCCUGUUCACACUGCUGGCUGGACACAAAGCAGUGCCCCUGCUCUGCCUUUACUGCGUGUGUGUGACCUUGGGCGGGUCACUGAACCUCUCUGCACCUCCAUUUCCUCAUCUAUAAAAUAGGGAUAAUAGUACCUCCCUCCUGGGAUUGUUUCAAAGAUGAACUGAUUUAAUAAUGGCAAAGCGCUUAGAAUAUAGUCUGCCACAUACAUAGGACUAUCUAAAAAAAAAAAGUAAAUUUCCAGGGUCUCCUCCACCGUGGCCAGGGAGGGUGCCUAGGAGGGUGGAUGGAAGGGAAGCAGGGAGGAUGGUCCAGAAGCUGCGAAGCCCCAGAGCACUCGCGCAUGCUCACUGAAGGUCGUCUGCGAAGCCUCCCUCGACCCACCUACCUACUCCCGGUAGUGGUUCAGCCGAGGUGGAACUACAUUACCCACAAUGCAUCUCGCGGGCUCGUCCGCAGCCCUGACAGGCGGUACAGCCAUUAGGACAAGGAGUAUGUUACCCAGAAUGCCUCCAGUGGGCCCGCUUAUCCAGGCUCAUUCCCGCCCUCCUCGGCCGGCUCAAGGUGCGAGGACUGCAUCACCCACAAUGCUUCCCGGCCACGUGGGGUUUGCCUGAGCAGGGGACGCGGGCUCAGCCAAUGGUCGCCGCCGACGGACCUGGGUCUGCGCCCUACGUGUUGUGGACCUCGGUUCUGGUCCGCCGAGCCCUCCGCGUCCAGUGUCCCGCUCCUGGCCCGGCCCGCCACGCAGGGCGCGCCCCGAGCCGCCUCCAGGUCGCAGCGCUACGGAACCUUGAAAACACCUUUCCCGGUGUCUGGCCAGAGAUAUACGUAGAGACUGGUUUGAUUCCCCCAGACCAGAGAAGGAGCAAGGCCCAGCAGGAGCAAUGGCAGACUCUCCCAGCCUCCAGCAGCCACCACCCCCACCCCUGGAGCAGGAUGAGAUCCUGAUUGCGAAGGUGGAGGAGGACUACUGCUGGGAAGAGGAGCCGUCCGUGGAGACAGAAGACCCGAGUCCAGAGACCUUCCGCCAGCUCUUCCGGCUUUUCUGCUACCAGAAGGUGGCCGGACCCUGGGAGGCCCUGAGGCGCCUCUGGGAGCCCUGCUGCCGCUGGCUGCGGCCCAAGCUGCGCACCAAGGAGCAGAUCCUGGAGCUGCUGGUGCUGGAGCAGUUCCUGACCGUGCUGCUGGGGGAGAUCCAGGCCUGGGUGCGGGAGCAGCGGCCGGAGAGCGGUGAGGAGGCCGUGGUCCUCGUGGAAGGGCUGCAGCGGGAGCCCAGGAAACAAAGGCAGCAGGUCACCUUUGUCUCCACUGGCCACACACUGCUGUUCUUUUGCAUUUGGCGAGACAACCCCACCCCCCACCCCCAAAACUUGAUCACAAGGAUCCAGAGGUGCUCCCUGACGAUGCACUGCCCCAUGAGGCAGGGGAGUGGUUCUUGAAAUGCCAGGCAGAGGCCCGGCCAGAGGAGCUGUUGCUUGAGGAAGGGGCUCAGCACUCCCGCCAGCAGCGCGCAGCCCAGCUGAACCAGAGACCAAAAAGAGGCCCCCAGCUCUGGCCAAAGAAGGGCCCAGCGGCUUCCCGGCAUCAGGACAUGGCGGUGCUGGCCACCUUCCUUUCAGCCUGGUCCCAG